GUUUGCGGUUUGAUAUUCAGAUUUCUUUUGGCUAUAAAUACGCAGUGCGGUGUCAUAGUCAUGCAAAAUAAUACCGAAUAUCAUUCUCCAUGAUUUGUGAAUUCAGGUGACGCUGUCCUUCGGGCUGAAACCGCGAACUAUCUUUACUGCGGUAGGCUACGUUGUUGCCCAAGGUGUAAUAACAAAACAUAAGUGAUAUAUUAGCCUAUAGUUAGUGACAGAUAGCCUACCAUUUAUUUUUUGCACAUUUCCCCUUCCUAAAUUGGUCUCCUUGUGUCUACACUUUGUUUUAAACUUAGCCAAAGAGCUAUGUGUUGACUAUGAAACAACUUUUUAUUUAUUUAUUUAUUUUUAUGUUCUUGUGCAUGCGCCCGGUGCCGCCCCAAGAUGCCGUCCUGGGUGGUUGCCCAUGUCGCCAUGCCUAAAUCCGCCAAUGACUGUAAGCCAGUGGCCGUCAAUUGACAGUGCAUUCACGUUCAUAGAUGAGAGGAGGCUGGUUAAUGUGUCACUUCCAUAUUCUCUGACAGAGCGCAGUGAUUCGGACGAUCCGCCGCUAUUUACUCUGCAACAACACGAUUAGUUUCCCCGAGCUUAUUAAGCUGAAACGAGACGGUGGCCAACUCAGCCCAGCAGAGAUAGGCACUUUUGUGCAUGGAGUCACAUCAAGAGACAUCCAGGACAGUCAAAUAGGUGCUAUGCUAAUGGCCAUAUGGCAGAAGGGCAUGACUGAUGAAGAGACCGUGGCAUUGACGAGAGAGAUGAUGAACUCUGGGGAGACGUUUAAAUGGCCAAAGGAAUGGCUUGUGAUAGACAAACACUCAACCGGUGGGGUUGGAGACAAAGUCAGUCUUCCACUCGCUCCUGCUCUGGCUGCAUGUGGUUGUAAGGUGCCCAUGAUAAGUGGAAGAGGACUGGCACAUACAGGCGGCACCCUUGACAAGCUGGAGUCUAUCUGUGGGUUUAAAGUUUACCAGUCAGUUGAACAGGUGAAGCAGAUCCUAGAGGAUGUGGGCUGUUGCAUUGUGGGACAUACAGAGAAUCUGGUGCCAGCAGAUCGUGUUCUCUACGCCCUCAGAGAUGCCACAUCGACUGUUGAUAGUCAACCUCUUAUCAUAAGCUCCAUCAUCUCUAAGAAGGGAGCUGAAGGUCUGAGUGCUCUUGUGUUAGAUGUGAAGUUUGGCAGAGCUGCUCUGUAUAAAGAUAUGGACAGCGCUCGCCGUCUUGCUCAGUUACUGAUCAAUGUUGGCAACAAACUGGGUGUGAAAACAGGGGCGGUGCUUAGCCGGAUGGACUCUCCUGUUGGCCAGAGUGUAGGUAAUGCAGUCGAGGUGUGUGAAGCGCUUGAGUGUCUUAAAGGUCGAGGGUCAGAUGAUCUCAAGGAACUGGUGACAACUUUAGGUGGGCAUCUAUUGUGCAUGUGUGGCCACUCCUGUACUAUAGAGAGUGGGAAAAAAGAAAUCGCUCUGAAACUGGAGAAUGGAGAAGCCCUGAAGAAGUUUGAGGCGAUGCUGGUGGCUCAGGGGGUGUCUGCAGAUGUUGCACAUUCCCUGUGCUCAAACGAGACCGACUACUUUAAGCACAUGAAGCGUGCAGCACAUCAGACAGAGCUUGAGGUGCCAGAUAAUGGAGCCGUUUUGGACAUUGACGGUUUGGCCCUGGCUGAAGUGCUGCAUAAACUAGGGGCGGGCCGUACUAAAUCAGGAGAGAAAAUCGAUCAUAGUGUGGGAGCGGAGAUCUUGGUUAAAAUAGGACAGCAGAUACAGAAAGGUGAGUCAUGGAUCAGGAUUCAUCACAACUGCCCAGAUCUGAGUACACACUAUUCUGACCUGCAGAAAGUUUUGGUCAUUGGCAGCCGCGAUGAAUACAGUCCAGCAUCACGUGUGGCAGAAUUCAUCGACCCAGAUUAUCUCAAUAUGUCAUAACAGCCUCAUUCAAAACAUGUUUUGUUUGUAACAAAUAUUUCUGAUUCAAAUGUUUCAUUUGAAUGUACUGUUACCAAGAAAUAGUUUUGUUUAUAUGAAGCACUAGGGAGUUUUUACAAGAAAUAAAUGACAAAGACCAACACCGA